GUUUAUUUAAGUAUAAAGCCAUUAGCAGCCUUUAUUAAUUCACAAUUUAAUGAAAUAUGAAUGUUAAUUAUUGUAUACUUUAUAAUCCUUGGCUGAUCAUGUUAAAGAUCAUAUCCGUCGACAUUGGCAUUACAUUUUAGCUAUGACUGCUGUGUUUAUCAUGAUUUUUAUAUUUUAUUAUGUUGUCAAGGCAGAUAUUUCUCAUAUUUUUACAUUUAAAUGCUAUACCGGAAAUAUUUCUUCUUCGGUUUUUAAUUCAUUUCCUUCGAAAAGCGAAUUUCGAUGUUUUAUUCUUUGUUCAAGAAAUAAAGAAUGCUUUGCAGUUACUUACUCCUCUGACAAGCAAUGCUUUUUUCAUGAAACUAAAGUACCCUCUUGUUCUUCUAUGCUUGUGAAGACCUAUAAAGUUUAUAUUAAAAUUUUUGAGUCAAAUUGCACAAAGAGGGGGAAAUAUGACUUUUUUGGAAAAACAUGUCACUGCUUUCCAGGUUAUUAUGGAAAAGAUUGUGAACAUGAUGUUUGUCUACCGAAUCCCUGUCAGAAUUUUGGCUAUUGUCAUAGGAUGGGUAAUCAGAAAUCCUUUAAAUGUAUUUGUGUAGGAGGCUAUUAUGGAAAAUUUUGCCACUUAAAUACUACUAGUAGGCAAUUUGAUAAAGAAUUAACCCACGAUAAUCCGGUACAGUUUGGAGACGUUUAUCCAUUUGCAUUCUGUGAUCACGGUUACUUUGCUAAUGGUAUACAAUUACGAGUUGAAACUGGAGGGAUAGAUAAUACAGGUGUGAAUAAUCUUAGGCUACAAUGUCAAAGACCAUACGAUAAUACACAGGGUGAUCAUGUUCAAUCUGGUAUUACUGGCGAAGGAUCUUGGUUUAGUAAGACCUUUUGUCCGUUGAAUAUGUUUAUAGUAGGAUUUCGUGUUAGAGCUUCACCAUAUAAAGGAAUACUUGGAGAUGAUAAUGCCAUAACUGAUGUUAAAUUUAAAUGUCAAAAAUUUCUAGAUGUCAAUAAUACUUUCAUAGAAAUUCACCCUCAGGGUGGUCUAAAGAACGGUAUCUGGGGUUCGUGGUCUGAAAAUUGCAAUUCAACUUCAGCAGUCUGCGGUGUAAAAACUAAAAUAGAGUCAUCGAGUGCCGACAAAUCAGGUUUAAAUGAAGUCAAAUUAAAGUGUUGCUCGUACUUUAGCAAAACGUUCUAAAACGAAGUCAAGUAUAAACAUACUUAACUGAAUGUUUGCUUGAACAAAUUGGCUAAUUAAAGAGAUACUAAAAUGUAUGUUUUAGUGGAGAAAAUGUAGAAUAUCAACAAGUUUCUUUUAAAUUGUCAUAUGAUAAAAGAAUAUUAAAUGAUUAAGAUUAAAAAC